AAUUGUUUCUGCAAGACAACUCGCGUUGGUCUAGAACCAAGGACUAGCAAUGGCUUCUUCAACCGCUGAUUUGGUAAAGCUAGCUCAGACGCUUAUUCGCGAUGGGCCAAAGAGGAUCGAGCCAACAAGUCGACGUGUCCGCGGCCUUUUUAACGGGAAAUAUGUGUUCGAUACUACCAAGGCACGUCACGUGUGGGAACUUGACCUACGAUACCCACAAUACUAUGUCCCCAUUGAAGACUUCACCAGAGACGCAAAACUGUUCGCGGACGCAGUUAUCGACUACACCUCCGGAACCGCACACCUCUACAAGCUAACCAGCGGCACGCGCAGCACAAACCGCAUGCUUGUUUUCCAUUCCGGCGCACUCCAAGACCUCGUCAAGGUAGAUUUUCCCGCCAUGGACCAGUGGUUCGAAGAAGACACGCGCAUCUACUGUCACCCUAAGGACCCCUACAAACGCAUUGACAUUUUGCCGUCAUACCGCAGCAUCAAAGUAGCGCUCGGCGGCGUGACGCUGGCCGAGACCACCAGUGCGCUAUUUUUACUAGAAACAACGCUGAGAACGCGGUACUACGUUCCGCCUACCAGCGUGCAAUGGGAGUAUCUGAUUCCCAGCGAUACGACGACGUUGUGUCCGUAUAAGGGACAGGCAGAGUACUAUCACGUUAAUAUCAAUGGCAAGUUGUACAAAGAUUUGGUGUGGUACUAUCGGUAUCCGACGAUGGAGAGCGGGUUGAUUGCGGGAUAUCUAUGCUUUUAUAAUGAGGCGGUGGAUGUGUGGGUUGAUGGGGUGAAGGAGGGGCGGUAGUAGUUAAAAAGGGUGAGAGUUCGAGGUGAUUUAUUGGUGAGUAGUGCAUUGGAUAAGGGUUAUCUGGGGAAGAUUGGGCAACCUGAUCGCCAUUACCGUUACCCAGAUAUAGCUUUCAACAGAAAGUCUGGAUAAAGGGAUAAAGGGAUUUUCAGGGUAUCUACGUACGACCAAACCCGUAGUCUUGUAGCCUGGAAAACCAACAUGCUUUUUUUUGCGAAUAUCGCACGAUCGG